CGCUGAUAUGGUUUGUGCGGCGGGCAGUGCAGCGCGAAUGACAAGCUGAAGUCUCAGUUGCAAGCUUUAAGUGAGAGACGGCUCUACAGACCUGGAUUAUAUUAUAAAUGCUGAGUUUUAUGUAAAGUGUUAAGAUGUCCCGAAAGCUUUCCAAAAAGGUCAAUGUUUCCAGCUCCUUGGAAUCUGAAGACCUAAGCCUUGAAACUACAGUACCUACCGAUGAUAUCUCAUCAUCUGAUGAGCCAAAUGGCUCAACUAAAAUAACCAAGCAACUGAUCGAGCGGAAAGAACUUCUUCAUAAUCUACAGCUUCUGAAGAUAGAAUUGUCUCAGAAAAAUCUGAUGAUUGACAAUUUAAAAGGGGAAUAUUUGACUAAGAUAGAAGAACUUGAAGAGAAGCUGAAUGACACACUUCAUCAGAAACAAUUAUUGGCAUUACGGUUAGACACACAAAGUAAAUUACAGCAGGAAGAUGCCAGGAAACACCAGGAACUAAUGAAAAAAGAGAUGGAAACAAUAUUAUUAAGACUUCAGCAGUCAGAAGAGACCAAUCGGCAGCUUAGAGAGCGUGCAGGUGAUGUCCGCCGUAGUUUACGGGACCUUGAAUUAACAAAAGAAACCUAUGAGGAACUAAGUGCUCUUCCUGAGGAUCAACUGUCUAUUCCUGAAUAUGUUGCUAUUCGAUUCUAUAAAGUGAUACAGCCACUGAGGGAUAAAUCUAAUGACCUAGAGGUGACAAAAGAAAAACUAUUGGAAGAGCUGAAUGACUAUAAAAAGCAGCUAAGGACCAUGACAGAGCAUUAUGAAGAGGAAAGGAAAUGUCGCUCUGAAAUGGAGAUAAGAUGCCAAAGAUUAGCCCUUCAGCUGGCUGACACUAAACAGUUGAUUCAACAAGGAGACUAUAAACUGGAAAAUUAUGACAAAGUUAAAAGUGAACGAGAUGCCAUUGAACAUGAGCUGUUUAAACUUAGGAAGAAAUUCGAAAUCCUUGAUGUUUCAUACAAGGCACAGACUAAAGAUCAGAAUGAUUUGGCUCAAGAGGUUGCCACUUUGCGGCAGUCUGUAUCUUUACUGCAAAAGGACAAGGAAUUUCUUAGUCGUCAGAACAUGGAGCUAAAUGUACGUUGUGCUCAUGAGCAAGACCGCAUGGAAAGACUUCAAGCACAAAUGGAAGAUGCAAAAAAAGCAAGAGAAGAAACGUAUGAGAAAUAUGUUGCGUCAAGAGAUCACUAUAAAACUGAGUAUGAAAACAAACUUCGGGAUGAAUUGGAGCAAAUAAGAAUGAAGACAAAUCAAGAAAUUGAACAGCUUCGUGGAGCAUCCAAAGAGAUGUAUGAAAGAGAAAACAGAAAUUUACGAGAAGCAAGAGACAACGCUAUAGCUGAAAAAGAAAGAGCAGUUGUAGCUGAGAAAGAUGUCCAAGCAAAAUACGAUCAACUACUUGAACAGUACAGGCAGUUGCAACUAAGUACAGAGAGCAAAGUAUCUGAACUUCUUCAUCAGACAAAACUCAAGUCCUUUGAAGCUGAGCGGUCUCAUAUACUGCAGGAGGAGGCAAUGGAGAACCUACAGAAGUGUCAAUUAGAAUGUGAAAAAUAUCAGAAAAAGCUAGAGAUUUUAACCAAAGAGUUUUAUAGUCUUCAAGCAAGUACAGAAAAGAGAGUUACUGAGCUACAAGCUCAAAAUUCUGAGCACCGAGCAAGACUUGAGACCUACGAAAAACUGGAACAGGAGCUUGAUGAGGUCAUAAUGCAGUCUGCAGAAAUGCAGGAUGAGGCUGAAUCUGAAAGAGUUUUAUUUUCAUAUGGUUAUGGAGCGAAUGUCCCUACUACAGCAAAACGGAGGUUGAGACAAAGUGUUCACCUGGCUAGAAGACUCCUGCAGACUGAGAGGCAGAACUCUUUGUUGAUAAAAGAAGUGGAGCAACAGAAAGCAAAUGCAGCCCAAACUUUAUUGGAGCUGGAAAGAGCCAACUCUUUGCUAAGUCAAGUUCAGCAGCCAUACCAGUACCUCAUUGAGUCUGUUCGUCAGAGAGAUACCCAGAUUGAUUCACUAAAGGAUCAAAUUUCUAAGCUUGAACAAGAUGUCAGUAACCUCAAUAAAGAAAAGACUUCGGUUCUUCGGGUCAAAAACCAAAUGGCAGCAGACAUGGAAAAAUUAUUAAGUCAUCAAGAGGAACUGGCGCAGAUGAAGCAGGCUUUACUUGGCUUACGUAGCAGAGGGCAAGGUAGAUCUGUGUCCAUUCCUACAGAGCAUAUAAGAAAUAUGAAGACAAAUUCAAAGCCUACAGAACAUGCGUUACAGCCCAAUAUUGAAGACAAUAUAUUUAUCCCUAAACCAACACUGUUUACAAAAAAAGAAAGCCCAGAAUGGUACAGAAGAUUAAAGCAGAAGACAACAUGAAAGGAAAGCCAUGACAAAAAUACACUGUCCUCAGGAAGAUCUUGGUUAAUUGUUGCGGGUUAUACUUGUUUAUUGUUUUUAGA